GUCAAGAAGGAAGACGCAGGCAACUACAGACCAGUCAGCCUCACCUCCAUCCCUAGAGAGGUGGUGGAACAGCUCAUUCUGGAAGCCGUCUCUAACCACAUGGAAAAGGAGAGGGUUAUCAGGAGUAGCCAACAUGGAUUUACCAAAGGGAGAUCUUGCUUGACUAACCUGAUAGCUUUCUGUGAAACCAUGACCAAAUGGGUAGAUGAAGGAAGAGUUGUGGAUGUCAUAUACCUUGACUUCAGCAAGGCUUUUGAUACUGUUCUCCCUUAACAUCUUUAUAGAAAAGCUCAGGAAAUGUGGCACAGAUGAUUUGUCUGUGGGGUGGAUUGAAAACUGGCCACACUGUUAGUUCAGAGAGUUGCAGUCAGCAGCACAGAGUCAACUUGGAGGCCUAUGGCCAGUGGUGUUCCCCAGGGAUCAGUACUGGGUCCAGUUUUGUUCAGUAUCUUUAUUAGAGACCUUGAUGAGGACAUUGAGUGUACCCUCAGGAAGUUCACUGAUGAUACAAAACUGCGGAGCUGGUUGACACCCUGUCAGGCUGUGCUGCCAUCCAACAAGAUCUGGACAGGCUGGAGAGUUGGAUGAGCAAACCUCAUGAAGUUCAAUAAGGACAAGUGCAGGGUCCUGCACCUGGGGAGAAAUAACAGCAGGCACCAGUACAGACUGGGAACUACUCUGCUGGAGAGCAGCUCCACAGAGAAAGACCUUGGAGUCCUGGUGGACAGCAAGUUCUUCAUGGGACAGCAAUGUGCCCUUGUGGCCAAGAGAGCCAAUGGAACCUGGGGUGCGUCAGGAAAAGUGUGUCCAGCAGGUCUAGGGAGGUUCUUCUCCCCCAUUGCUCUGCCCUGGUGAGACUACAUCUGGAGUAUUGUGUCCAAUUUUGGGCUCCCCAGUUCAAGAGAGACAGGGACCUGCUGGAGAAAGUCCACUGGAGAGCUACAAGGAUGAUUAGGGGACUUAAGCAUCUCCUUUAUGAAGAGAGACUGAGAGGCCUGGCACUGUUUGGUCUGGAGAAGUCUGAGAAGGGAUCUGAUCGAUGUCUAUCAAUAUCUUGAGGGGAUGCAAAGAGAGGGUGCCAUCAUGUGAAUGCAUAACAGCGAAAUGAGAAAAAGGACACCUGGGAAGGCUGAGCUGAAACCACUUGUGCACAGCAUGACAGACUGAUUUGCUGUUGGAGACAAGAUUCAGGAAACCUCGCUUCUUCAAGAGACUUUCCUGAGGGAGAGGAGAGGAAAAGGAGGACGCACACAAAGGAGCAAUGGGAAUUGAGGGCCAUGGUUACUUGAGAUAAAUGGCAGAUCUCUGGGAGUCUAUCCUUGUAGCUGUUUGCUUUAGCUUUGCCUCUCUCCGCAGCUGCUUUUUCUUUUUCGCGAGCUGCUGCUGGGUGCUGCCACGGCAGCACUGGAGAUUUCAAGAGCGACCUGAGUGCAGAGCGUGAGGUGGGGGUGGGCAGCCUGCCUCACCAUGAUUCAGUUGUGGAAAGUAGUGCGGCAUGUGCGACAGCUGGAGCUCCACAGAUUGAUCCUGCUGCUCAUUGCCUUCAGCCUAAUCUCGAUGUGCAUCCUGGCUUACUACGUCACUAACAGUCCCAAAAUCAAGGAACCACCACCCUUGCCCUUCAGUGACUGCAGCAACCAACACCGUGUCUUGAUCCCACCACAAGCCAGCUGGAGGCUCAUGAAAUCUGUGGACACUUCUCGCACAGAUUCUGUGGUGCUAGUCUUUGUGGAAAGCAUUUACUCCCAGCUGGGUCAGGAAAUAGUGGCCAUCCUGGAAUCUAGCCGGUUUAAAUACAGGACAGAGAUUGCCCCUGGUAAAGGGGAUAUGCCUACUCUGACAGAUAAAGAUAGAGGACGCUACGCUCUUAUUAUCUAUGAGAAUAUCCUUAAAUAUGUGAACCUAGAUGCUUGGAACAGAGAGCUGCUGGACAAAUACUGUGUAGAGUAUGGAGUGGGGAUUAUAGGCUUUUUCAAAGCCAAUGAAAACAGCCUGCUCAGUGCACAGCUCAAGGGUUUCCCUCUUUUCCUACAUUCCAACUUGGGGCUACGGGACUAUCACAUCAACCCAAGUGCUCCCCUGCUCUAUGUCACUCGGGCUAAUGAGGUAGAGCAGGGUCCCCUGCCUGGUGAUGACUGGACUGUGUUCCAGUCAAACCACAGCACCUAUGAGCCCGUGCUGUUGGCCAGCACAAAGUCCUCGGAGUCAAUUCCUCACCUGGCCACCCACAAAGCAUUGCAUGCCACAGUGGUGCAGGAUCUAGGUCUGCACGAUGGUAUCCAGAGGGUUCUCUUCGGCAAUAACCUCAAUUUUUGGCUGCACAAACUCAUUUUCGUGGAUGCCAUUGCCUACUUGACUGGCAAGCGCCUCUGUCUCACCCUUGAUCGCUAUAUCCUCGUCGACAUUGAUGAUAUAUUUGUGGGAAAAGAGGGCACUCGCAUGAAAGUGUCUGAUGUAGAGGCUUUGCUGAGCACCCAGAAUAAGCUGAGAACUUUAGUUCCAAAUUUCACCUUCAACCUGGGCUUCUCAGGGAAAUUCUACCACACAGGUACAGAUGAGGAAGAUGAAGGGGAUGACAUGCUGCUCAAACACAGGAAGGAGUUCUGGUGGUUUCCUCACAUGUGGAGUCACAUGCAGCCUCAUCUUUUCCACAAUGUCACUGUACUAGCUGAGCAGAUGAAGCUCAACAAACAGUUUGCUGUGGAGCAUGGGAUUCCCACAGACUUGGGCUAUGCUGUAGCUCCCCAUCAUUCUGGUGUUUAUCCUGUCCACACACAACUGUAUGAGGCAUGGAAAUCAAUUUGGAACAUCCAGGUAACGAGCACAGAGGAAUACCCACACCUACGGCCUGCUCGGUACCGACGUGGAUUCAUCCAUAACGGAAUCAUGGUUUUGCCUCGACAGACCUGUGGUCUUUUUACUCACACUAUCUUCUAUAAUGAAUAUCCUGGUGGCUCAAGGGAGUUGGACAAGAGCAUUCGUGGUGGUGAACUCUUCCUGACGGUGCUCCUGAACCCAAUCAGCAUCUUUAUGACUCACCUGUCCAACUAUGGGAAUGACCGCCUCGGACUGUACACUUUUGAGAGCUUGGUCAAGUUUGUGCAGUGCUGGACCAACCUUCGCCUGCAAACAUUGCCCCCUGUCCAACUUGCAAAAAAGUACUUUGAAAUCUUUCCUCAGGAGAAGAAUCCCUUGUGGCAGAAUCCCUGUGAUGAUAAGAGGCACAAGGAUAUCUGGUCCAAAGAGAAAACAUGCGAUCGGCUUCCAAAGUUUCUCAUCGUGGGACCUCAGAAAACUGGUACAACAGCUGUGCACUUCUUCUUGACCAUGCAUCCAGCUGUCACCAGUAACUUCCCAAGUCCAUCCACCUUUGAGGAGAUACAGUUUUUUAAUGGACCUAACUAUCAUAAAGGCAUUGAUUGGUACAUGGAAUUCUUUCCCAUACCCUCCAAUGCCAGCACAGACUUCAUGUUUGAGAAGAGUGCCAAUUACUUUGACACAGAGUUGGUACCAAAACGGGGUGCAGCCCUGUUGCCUCGAGCCAAAGUCAUUACUGUUCUGAUCAACCCUGCUGAUCGAGCCUAUUCGUGGUACCAGCACCAGCGUGCACACAAUGACCCUGCGGCACUCAAUUACACCUUCUACCAAGUGAUUUCUGCCAAAUCUCAGGCGCCUCAGGAACUGCGCAACCUGCAAAGCCGCUGUCUGCUCCCUGGCUGGUAUUCGACUCACCUGGAGCGCUGGCUAACAUACUACCCCUCUGGGCAGCUUCUCAUUGUGGAUGGUCAGGAGCUGAGACACAACCCUGCCUCUGUCAUGGACAACAUCCAGAAGUUCUUGGGAGUUACGCCACUUUUCAACUACACUCAGGCCCUCAGAUUUGAUGAAGCAAAAGGAUUUUGGUGCCAGCUGCUAGAUGGAGGAAAGACUAAAUGCCUAGGAAAGAGUAAAGGAAGAAAAUACCCUGAUAUGGAUUCCUCGUCACGUCUGUUCCUAAGGGACUUCUACCGGGAACACAACAUCGAAUUAUCCAAGCUGAUGAAUAGACUUGGGCAGCCCCUUCCAACCUGGCUCCGAGAGGAACUGCAGAACUCCAGCUGGAGCUGAGAGGGACUGCCUUACCUCCAGUGCCACUAGGAUGUGUGGUGCUCCAGUGCCUGCUAUGAUGCCAUGUCUUGUCCAAAACAACUGGACCAACAAGCAGGAGCAGAGAUUGCACAUGCAGAGCCUUUCCCCACCAUUGGGAAGGGCUGCUGCCUCUGACAGUGCCCUGGGACACGGAUUGCAAGUCACAGUCUUGAGUAUCAAUGGUGUGUUACACUUGACUUCUUUUACUUCCAGGAGGGAUGUGGAAUGUCCAUCCUGCUUUGAGCAGGGGAGAAAGCAUGGUUAACACUCUUUAAAUUCCUCUUCUCAGUGUACGGGCACUAGCUGGAGGGUUAAUGUAUUACUCCUUUUGAGUCCUGAAGACUUAAGAGGUGAGCUAUCAAGCCCACCGCUGAGAGAAGAGCAGCAGCUUAAUAAAGGGGGAAUCAAGCCUAGUGAACUCCAGCUUUUAUCCAGUAGUCUGUUUGGCAGCAGCAGGGUACAAGAACACCUCGUUCCUCCCCAUGCAGAAUACAGUGGCCAUGAUCAUUACUUACUUACAGUGCCACUGCAUGUGGCUGCAGGGGACUGCACCUUCUUGGAGACAGAGCAAAUAUAACAUUGUCUCUCUCCAUCUGCAACAUUGCUGGUGUGAUAACAAUGUCCACUGACUUCGGGCAGAGGGAGAUAAGGCAAAGCUGUGGAUACUGACAUAUAUGGCAAUAGGGCAAGUACUUCUGUGCAGGGACUUCAAAAGGUCAGCAAGCAGUACAUCCCCUUAGAGCACUUUGGAGGCACAUCUUAGUGCAGCACAGCAGCUGGGGGAGGCAAAGCUCAGGUACUGUAAAAUAAGGCUGAUGAUACAUCUGAAAGCAGAUUAAUUCAGGUCUCCAUUUCUGAUCAGCUUAAAAAAAACCACCCAAAACACCCCAGCAACAAGGUCUCUAUCACAUAGGCUGCUAGCUACCACCUGUUUUAAUCCCCUUGCAGUCCAACAAUGAGAGGAGAAAAGCUAAAAACCCCAAAACCACAGUUAAACGUGGAAGGCUUUAAGUUAGCAAAAGUGGUCUCCUAUAAGAGGCUGUUUAAUUUACUACACCUGCACACAGUCAAGUUCACAAAGGUACUUUGCUUCCUGCAGUUGCUGGACAAUUAUUCUCAGAGGAAAUCUUCCAUCAGAGUUGGACACGUUUUCUGUUGCUGAGCCAUGGGCUUCUGGAGUUGUAUGGGCUAGCGUCCCUCUCUCCCAGGCACAGAUGGUCCUUGGGAGAUAGCUGCAGUUCCAGAGAACAGAGGGGCAGGACCCAUAGGGACAUAUUAUGGGAACUUCCACAACUGUCACAAGCUCCUUUUCUCCUACCCUGAGAGAAGCUGCUUCAACCAAGCUUUUCCAUUGAGCCUUAGGUAUUGUGUAUUUCUCAAAGAAUAGUGCAUUUACCGUUGUAUGUAAAUGUAUAUAAUACACAAUACAGUAUUUUAUUUCACAUACCCUUGGAAAGGGUUAUUUUGUGCAGCCAAAACAAAAGACAGAAAAGACUAGAACACCCUCUCUGGCUCCUGUUAGAGAGAAGAGCCCACUUCCUGCACUGGAUUCCUGUAUAGCAUCAUUCACAUUGAAUGAUAAUGGAGCAAUCCUUGGCUCUCGAAGCUGAGCACAAGUGUCUGAAUAAAGGCUAGAAGUAGUAGUAAGUGAAGAUUCAAUAAAUGUUCUACUUAUUUUU